AUGCGGUACCCAACCGAUCAACAGCAUUGUCGAUCGACAGUCCGUGCUAGGUACUUCUUACUACGGUCGUGCGAUAACGAUUUAGUGCGUUUAUCUGAGUCUUAGUGGUCUCGUUUUACACGUUACUAGAAGACAACGAAGUCGUUCCAAACACCAAGAAAAAUGAAUUCUAGUCUAUUGUUAUUCGCAGCAGCCGUCGUCGCGGUCGUCAGUGGAAGUGCAGUGUACCCUGCAGUGCACCACGCACCGGUGACCACCCAAUACCACUCUCAGGACGAAUUGGGCCAGUACGCGUACGGUUACUCCGGCGGCCCGUCGUCCAAGCACGAACAGCGCACCGCGGACGGCGUGACCAGCGGCGGUUACUCGUACGUGGACGCCAACGGCCUGGUCCAGUCCCUGGCCUACGUGUCUGACCCCGUCAACGGGUUCCGCGUUAGCGGCACCAACCUGCCCGCCGACUCCAACACCGUCCACCACGCCGCCCUGCCGGUCGUCCGCCACGCCGCCGUGCCGGUCGUCCACCACGCCGACGUGCCGGUCGUCCACCACGCCGACGUGCCGGUGCACCACUGGGCUCCGCAGCCGGCCGAGCAUGUGGUCGUCAAGAGCCCGUCGUACAUCGUGCCCGCCGCUCACCCACUGCUCAAGCUCGCCCAGCCGCUGACGCCCGCCGGCACGGUCAACGUGCACUACCCCGAGCACGUCGUCCUGGCCGCCCGCAAGAAGCGCAGCGCAGGACUCUACUCGCACCCACUGGUUUCCGGUUACACCGUGGCCGCCCCCUCGCACGUCGUCACCGUCAAGCACACUGAAUUCGCCGCCCCACCGGCCCCGGUCGUCCACCACUUGGCCCCCGCUCCAGUCCCGUACUACUUGGCCGCCGCCCCGGCCCCGGCUCCGGUCGCCACCUCCUACACCAGCGUCGUCCGCCACCACGAACCGGCCGCAGCGCCAGCGCAUGUGGUCGCUUACGCCGCCGCCCCGGCCCCGCACGUCUACGCCGCCGCUCGCCCCGCAUCGCGCAUGCCGCCGCCCCGCACCGGCCCCACUGAUACGCCGCCGCCGCUGGCCGUAGCCGUGGCCGUGGCUGUGGCCCCGGCCAAGAGCCAGUUCCACUCGCAAGACGAACACGGCCAGUACACGUACGGCUACACGGACGGAUCGUCCGCCAAGACUGAGACUCGUUACGCCGACGGCGAGACGAAGGGAAGCUACUCGUACGUGGACGACCACGGCGCGGUCCAGGCUGUCCACUACUCGGCUGGCGCUGACGGUUUCAAAGCCGCGGGCACCAACAUUCCAGUGCACCACGUCUGAUCGAACACCGCCCGACACCCCGCGCUGAUCGAAUGCAAUAUAUCUACUUACGUUGUACACUCAUUUGCUUGGUCUACCCUUCUCUUACUAUACAUUUGAAUAAUAAAAUUUUCUUUCAUUUUUUUU